AAUAAAACUGGUUUUUGUAUGUUUUUUUUUUUUUUUUUUUUUUUUUUUGCGUCAUCGUUAUAGCUACAUUUUGAAAGCCUUCUGAGUAAUGAGUUUUAAAGGAUGUACACCCUACUGUCAGGUCUCUACAAGUACAUGUUUCAGAAGGAUGAGUUCUGCAUCCUGAUCCUUGGACUGGACAAUGCAGGAAAAACUACCUUCCUGGAACAAACUAAAACCAAGUUCAGCAAACACUACAAAGGAAUGAGCUUGUCCAAGAUAACAACCACAGUUGGCCUGAACAUUGGCACGAUAGAUGUGGGGAAGGCGCGGCUUAUGUUCUGGGAUCUGGGAGGACAGCAGGAGCUGCAGUCACUGUGGGACAAAUACUACGCAGAAUCUCAUGGAGUGAUCUAUGUAAUCGAUUCUACAGAUGAAGAAAGACAGUCCGAAUCUAAGGAAGCUUUUGAAAAAAUGAUCAGCAGUGAAUCACUGGAAGGAGUACCCCUGCUAGUUCUGGCUAAUAAGCAAGAUGUGGAGAACUGCUUAUCUGUACCUGACAUUAAAACAUCCUUUAGUGACUGCGCUUCUAAAAUUGGAAAGAGGGAUUGUCUCGUUCAGUCCUGUUCAGCACUUACAGGUCAAGGUGUGAACGAAGGGAUUGAAUGGAUGGUAAAGUGUGUGGUUAGAAACAUUCACAGACCCCCCAGGCAGAAGGACAUCACAUAAAACAGCUAUUUGCAGAAAAUAUCUCCUUCUGAUUUGACGCUGUUUCCAACUACUCCAACUGUCUGGUCCAGAAGAUGAUUACAGUUGUCUGCCUGCAA